CUACGUUCCGUUUAGACUCAAAUUGCUUAGAUAAUCGUAAACAUGCCUUGGAGUUCUAACGCCCGCAAUGUUGGGGAAAGUUUUCUAAAGUUUAUCAUUCAGAAAAGUAAUAACAAAAUAAGAUGGAAAUGGAGUGACAUGGAGGCAGAAUACAAUACAUAUAAAAUCGAACAUUCGACCGAUAUUUCCUUCGGUCAAGUUUUGUACUGUUUAUCACCUCUUUGCUAUAACCCGCCAUAUUUUUUACGUGUGUUGGGGAGCAAUUGGAUCGUAGUUUUUAAGCGCACACAGCUUGAUAAAUAUUUGGGUCAUUACUCGAAACCAAAACGUUUUUCAUUGAAAAAUUCAUCAUCAUCAUCAGCAAAUGGAGGGAGCAAAAAUAGCCAGACGUUGCCGAAACAAAAAGACAGAAAAAAGAGAGAACCUGGGCUCGGUAUUCAACACGACCGUACAUCAAGAAAAAACGUUAAAGACGAGAAAAAUAAAAAUACGCAAAACGAGCCAACCUUCCGAGGCGAAAAAAACAGUCAAGGUAAAAUAUCGCUAGUAAGCGACACAAAAAUAGAUAAUCAAAAUACUGGAGAAGCAACCGCAAAGUCAAAAAUUCGGGCAGUGAAAGGACAAUUGAAUGGAAAUCUAAAAGAGACAGACCAUUUAUGUCUAGGAAUGCCCCUGAAAAAUAUCCAAUCCAAUGUAACGACAAAUAAAACGACAUGUAAUGCAAUAACAGAUAAUAGUGAGAUGCUUGAUGUUACAGAUGGCACAAAGGGAUCAGCACAAGGUCAGAAGAUCCCGGAGAUAAUAAAAGAUUCGCCAAGACGGGGAUCAAGGAAAGUUAGGAUAGAUAUGCAAUAUCAACGCAGUACGAUUCCUGGGGUACUGCCCCCAUCGCUGCCUUGUCUUCAAGAUAAAGAUUCCGGAGGCAAUUAUCAACUCCCGGAAUAUAAAGUUGAUAAAUCAUUUCAGUAUAAGAAACAUAUAAAUAAAUUGAAAAAGAGUCUAAACAGCAAGUUGUAUGCAGAGAAAUUCCAUACUUUGCUAUACAUCGAGGAACUGCAGUACAUGAAAGAUAUCAAAUUUUAUGCAACUGAAUCCACACUUCGACUAAAUCGUAAUCUACUGUAUUUAGAGGUUCCGGGACUGGCAGAGAAAAGGCCAUCGUUGCUGAGGGGAGAUAGAGUGUACGUUAUCCGUCACGAUGCUGAUGGUAAUUUAUAUGGUGAUAGAUAUGAGGGCUAUGUCCACAUUGUUCGUGAUAAAGACGUCGGUUUGGGAUUCAGUAAAAAGCUUUUGGGAGUAUUUCGGAGCAAAAUGCAAUUUUCCGUAACAUUUACAUUCAAUCGAAUGCCUCUACAGUUGAUGCACAGAGCUGUAGAUUGGAUACGUAAUAUUCCAAACUUUGAUGAAAUGCUUUUUCCAACUGAAUUUCCGCAAUUCAAGCAGCCAGAUCGUCAGUUGAUAAUGUUCAAUUCCAAAAUACAAAAGAACGAAAAACAGAGAACAGCUGUUCACCACAUUGUACUCGGUAUAACUCCUCCAAUAUACAUUAUAUUUGGUCCACCUGGAACUGGUAAAACGGUAACGAUGGUUGAGUCAAUACUGCAAACAUUGCGAAAAUGUCGAUCAAGAAACAUUUUAGUAUGCGCACUAUCCAACAAUGCAUGCGAUCUUCUUGCCGAAAAACUCCACGAACACGUAGACAGAAGAGAAAUGCUUCGACUUUACGCUACUUCUAGAAGCUGGAAUGAUGUACCUUCGAAAAUACAAGAUUACGUCGAUACAAAUCAUUCUAUUGGAGGAUUUAUGAUGCCAUCAUCAUAUGAUAUCAAAAAACGUCGCAUUGUUAUUUGCACCUUUGUCACUGCGGGUCGACUCGCUUCCAAAUCUUCACUUUCAAAUCAUUUCACCAACAUAUUUAUCGACGAAUCCGGCCAAGCAUUUGAACCUGAAUGUCUAAUAGCAGUGGCUGGUAAUUUGGCUGUUGGCGGUAAAAUUGUGUUGGCGGGUGAUCCGAAACAACUAGGGCCAAUUGUCCGCUCACCGAUAUGCAAAAUGCAUGGACUUCAAAUUUCACUACUUGAAAGGCUCAUGAGUACAAAUUUUUUGUAUAAGAAAGACAGUGAAACUGGAGAAUACAACCCUCAGUGCGUCACAAAAUUGGUGAAAAAUUAUAGGUCCCACGAAAGCAUUCUGAAGAUACCUAAUAAAAAGUUUUAUGAUAAUGAACUGGAAGUAAAUGCAGACCAAAUGAUUCGAACAAAACUGUGUGGCUGGGAAGAGCUUCCAAACAAGGACUUUCCGAUCAUUUUUCAUGGUGUACAAGGAAACCAAACUAAAGAAAAAUCAAGCCCUUCUUAUUUCAAUCCCGAAGAGGUCAAAGUAGUUGGUGAUUACGUGAAAAAAUUAUUGGACAUACGGGGUAUGCGGAAAAUGAAACCAUGCGACAUCGGUAUAGUAACUCCAUAUCGUAAACAAGUUGAAAAAAUUAGGAACAAAAUAAAAAACCCAAACAUUGACGUUGGGAGUGUUGAAGUCUUUCAGGGACAAGAAAGACUAGUCAUUAUUAUAAGUACAGUACGAAGCAGCAAAGAGGGCCUUACUGACGAUGCUAUUUUCCAUCUUGGAUUUCUAUGUGACCCGAAAAGGUUCAACGUUUCUCUCACAAGACCAAAAGCCCUUCUAAUAAUUGUUGGGAAUCCUAGAUUGCUGUGCUUGGAUAAAUACUGGAAAUCGUUGCUGAAAUAUUGUUUGAAAAACAAAGCUUAUCGUGGAGUAAAAUUUACUUCUGAUGAUUUUGAAGGUGCUAAUAACAUGAAAGAAAUUGAAGAUCUUUUUGAUAAUUUGGAAAUAACCGAAGACAACGUAGACGAAGAAAGACAUGUUACUGAUCAAUCAUCUCCGUACUGGAGGAACGAACAUUAACUUGACUUACUAAAUUUGGCGAAACAAUUGAACCUACUGUUCGCCACUCCAUAAACUGAAGCAAUUAUAUUGUACUGUCAUUGCCUAAUAGUUAUGCUAUUUUAAAAUUGUAAAUCCAUAUCUCAUUGAUUAUGAAACAAUAGCGAAUGCGAAGCACGUCAUAUUUAUUAUCCUGAUUUAAAACUUGAUUCCAGCAUAUUCAAAUGAAUAUGGUUAUGCCUGGUAUACUUAUCCUUGACAAAUCACAGACGCCUCAGAUAAAUUACAGUAUAUACCCUUACAUUCAUACUGAUUAAACUGCCGCCUUUUAAUCAUUCCCAAACAAAAUUGACCUAAAUCGGUAUCAAAUUGAAUUCCCCAAAUUCUUACACUUCUCGCUAUCGAUAACAGUCGAAAAGCGGUAUGAAAAGUUUGAUACAUUUUUAUACCACGACUACUUCCGAUAGCAUCAGUUUGGUUCGUUUUUUGAUGUGAUUAGAUCUAGGUUGUUUCCUUGGCAAUUUAAGCAGACGGUUACCAUAUUGUAAAUCCAAUUGGUACUUUAGGGGUAAAAUUACAGUAAUUCGGAAUUUUCAAGCGCUGCGCGAUCAAAUACUGUACAAAAAACAAAGCAGUAUGAACAAAUAUUGCCUAUGAUUAACAAUUUCGUUUUACUUUUUUCGUUAUUUGACACGUUAUUUUGUCUUAUUCAGUUGAUAAUGUGUAGUUAAUCAUCAAGGCUGGAGUAUGUGACAAUAAAACCCACCAACCAUAAACAAGAUUAUGCGUAGCGUUGGCAAGGGUUUACUUCCGUAACAUUGGCUAAUCAGCAAGGUGUUCAUCGAGACGUACAAUUGAAUACAGUUUUUACCCAUUUUCCCUCGAGCCUCGAUUUUUUUUGUUUACUUC